CCACGAAUUCUCCAAUUAACUACUACGAGUACUUGUACCGACAUUAGGAUAACAUAAUCAUCUCAAUCCGAUUCAAUCCUAAAUGUACCGCGACCUCCGACUCCGACUAUUCCCAAAUCAUCCGAACGCGCUGUCCUGGUCGAGGGACGGGCAAUUAUGUGUUAUUGCUUCGGAGACUGCACAGAUUCUCGUUCCCAACAACCUAAAACCCCACCACGCCUCCCUCCGCACGCACCUCCUGCACAGCAUACAAACCCUGCCCGAAAUAGCCCCUGCAGACGCGGAGGUGUAUUCUAUUGGUGAUGAGCAGGGUCCGGGAUAUGCGAGGGCUGCGGCGUGGAGUCCUUUGGGGGUAUCGGAGUUUAGGAGGUGUAUUUUGGGUAUCCUCACGACAAAUCAUCAGGUCAAGGUUUUUGUCCCUGGGUGGGACCCUUGGAGUGAUUGGACGAUUCGUCACGAUCUUACAAAGUACCUGAUCGAGUACUCGGGCUGGGACAAUGAUGAGCUCAACGAGGAGGAGGAGGACGAAACCGUAGUGCGUAUGCGGGUCCGUACGAGAUCUUUUUCUUGGUCCUCUGCAGCUACUUUUCCCGCCAGUCGACGGGCGGAAUCACUGCUCGCGGUGGCAAAUGAUAAUCUACAGAUUGUGCUUUUCAGGAUCACGCACGACCAUUGUUCGAUCGUAGAGUUUUUCAAGGGCAUUGAUUUAGAGAUCGUGAGAAAAGUUGGGUUAAGAGAGACGUGGGUGAGUUGCCUUGCAUGGAGUCCAUGGAAACGGGUCCGAGGUGGCGACGAAGGAGACAAUCACAAAAGCAAAGCCUUCCUGGCCUACGGAUUUCGCGGAAAGGUGUACAUUUGCCCGAUCACCGUGUCCCUCGAGUCGGGAGAUUACUCACACUCUCCCGGGAAUCAUAAUCUGUCGGCUGUGGCUGGAAAUAGACUUGUUGUUGGGAACUCGAUAUCUGACGUUCAUCUGGUUUCUGCCAUAACUUGGGCUGAAGAGGAGAUCAGUGGGUGCCUUAUUCUGGCCUAUGUUAUUCCACGCAGCGUAAAGAUUGUCGCUAUCAGCAGCGAUGGGAGGGUCAGGUCCACCAGGGAGUUUGUGAAUGGCUUUGUGGAUCAUAUUGCCGGGUUUUGUUUCACUCCCUCAACAAGUCCCUCGCGGGUCAUGCUCCACCUUGCCAGUUCCAAUGGAAGGACGCAAAUCAUCGACUACACGAGCGAAAAGUCAACCUCUCGCAUCACGGAAGGCGCCGGCGACGAACAAGAUGUGCCGAUGCGUGACGCCCCGCCGGGAAGUAAGGAAGAAGAGGAGGAGCUCCGCGCUAUUGCUUCCCGUUGGACGAACGUACUGGAGGAGAGGAAGCAAGACUACAUGGCUGAGCAUGAUCUAUCCACUUGCACUUCCAGAGUGUAUGGCAUCGCGGCAAGCCCCAUGGGUGGGAUUAUCGCUGUGGCUUGCAGCUUCCAUCCGAAUGACAGUCUGCAGUAUAUCACGGCAUCUAAGGAGAUGACCAAGAUAGUCUUCGGCACACACCCCGGGUGGGAGGGCGCCUGGCAGAGGAGAGGCCUUCUGGCUGAGCCCCCUUCAGACGAGCCGCAGGUGCCCACCCCCGUAGAGAUCUCGAGUGAAGCAUUUCUCUUCGAAAUCGAGUGCUUUGGGGGUAGAAGCGCAGGUAUUGCGGACAGGAUCCGAAAGUCAUUGGAUAAAGUACACUUCCAAGAUGGUAAUGGCUGGGACCUAAAGAGCAUAUCGAUAGACGGUGCUGGGGUCGAUGCUUCCUUGGCUUCCAAUCUUUUGGCUAAACGAGAGCUAAACGCGCUCCGGUACAAAUGCUGCCUGCAAACAUUAUCAGACCCCGCCAAUCCUCGCUUAUCUCUCCUUAUCAACACCCCUCCAAGAGAAUAUCCAGAAAUAAUCGCUCAUAUCAUCUGCAACAUUCUAUCCGUUCCCCGAAAUAGCGCGACCGAAAAGUCCAACCUGAGCAUCAGAAUAAUAUACUCUCUCGCAUGUAUCGGAAUUCUAGGACUGUACAAUUUCCGCCAAAUAGUAGAGCUCGCACAAAAAUCAUUCCUCUGGCUAUCGACAAAAGUCAAAGUGGACGUGCGCACAGAACUGGAAAUUUCGGAACGUAGAAUAUCAGAUCUGGACGUUAUGGAGCGCGGAGAGGACGAUGGCUCGGGCCUGCAGGAGAUCCGCGAUAGGGAUAAAGGCUUCGCGAGUAGGCUGGAGAAGUGUGCCCUGUGCGACCAGGGGAUGACAUGGUCCGAUCUUAGAGUGGCCGAGUGCUCACUUGGACACAGAGUUUCUAGAUGCACACUUACCUUUCUGCCAAUGAAGGACUAUAAACUCACCAAAGAGUGCAUGGUCUGCAAGCGGACGGUUCUAUCAGAAGCAGUUCUUGUCCAGGAGAUGGAAAAUAAUGGUGCGCAUAAGAAUAACGGCGGUGACGGCGGCGGCAGCAGCGGACUGGGAGAUGAGGGGGAGAUGGGUGAUGGCGGUGAUAAUACUAUGUGCACGAGUAGAGCGGGGCCGGUUUCCGAUUCCUCUUCUUAUCCUUCUCGUCGCAGAGGUGCUGCUGCUGCUCCUUCUUCUUCUCAAGGAGGGGUAUUAGAGGAUGAAGGAGGGGAGAGCACAUUGGCCGCGAGCAUUCUGACUGGUUUAGAUGUCUGCGUACAUUGCGGAGGGAGGUAUUGGGCGAAAAGCGAAAAAGGGUAGUUUAACUCUUUUUCCUUUCUUUCUUUUUCCUCUCUCCUUGGGUCGUGUGUGUGUCUUUUUAUGAUGAGGGAAAUUUUUAAUUAUAUAUACCUUUUUUUUUUCUUCUUUAACCGUACUUACUAUCAUAGUGCUCUUCACUUUGGGGGGGGGAUAUCAAUAGUCUACCAUGACGCCCUUGCUUGGGCGUUUGAACCAGGGACUUUUUUUGUCGAAA